UACGGGUUUGCUACAUUCCACAAUGCAGAGGAUGCACUGAAAGCCCUCCAGCAGUUGAACGGCUUUGAGCUUGCAGGGCGUCCUAUGAAGGUUGGUCAUGUGACUGAGCGUACAGGCGAGCCGGGCACAGGUGGUGCUCUGGACAGUGAUGAGAUGGACAGGGCAGGGAUUGACCUCGGUGCCACAGGGAGGCUACAGUUGAUGGCAAAACUGGCAGAAGGUACAGGUUUCCAGAUCCCCCAGUUUGCUGCCAAUGCUUUGAACCUGACCCAGGCACAGUCAGCUCAGCAGGCUGCCCCACCCAUAGCCACACAGUGCUUUAUGUUGUCUAACAUGUUUGACCCUAUCACAGAGACCAACCCCAGCUGGGAUCAGGAGAUCAAGGAUGAUGUGAUAGAGGAGUGUAAUAAGCAUGGUGGGGUGAUCCAUAUCUAUGUGGACAAAGCCUCUCCUCAGGGGAAUGUAUAUGUCAAGUGCCCCAGUAUAGCGGCUGCAGUGGCCUCGGUCAAUGCUCUCCAUGGGAGGUGGUUUGCAGGUAUGUACAGGGAAUUGGGGGAUCUUUUAAGCGGGUUUCAGCUUCUUGCAGCUGAAAUACUGGAUAUAAUAGAAACGCUAAGGCAGUUACAAUUAAAAGAAUAGGACAAAAUCCAGUUU